AAAGUGAACAAGAGGAAUUGGCCAGCCCACCGCAAUCGAUCCAAACAAUCCCUUCAUUACCCGACUCUACCGAAAUAAGAGAAUACUAUGGUCCUGAUAGAGAUAGUGGUGGCACCCCUUCUCCUAUUCUCAGUGGUUCUAUCAACGAACUUGCGGAUGACAUGGACGGCGAGAAAAUGUCCAUUUCCAGUAUGAUCACCGAAGAUGAGAUGCCAACUCCACAAAGGCACGAUAUCGAUCUUCCAGAUGAAAAUUAUUCGCACAAUUCAGAUGCAAUGGCAUUUCCGAAAUGCAAUCCUUCUUGA